UUCAUAAUCGUGGUGCAGCCCGCGGUAAACUUGCUGUUGCUCAUAUUUAUACUUGCUUUAUAUACCUCAUCCAAUUUAAAGGAAAAAUGCAGGCACUUGGGCAAUCGCGACAGUUGCAAGCGUCCCCGGGGCGACACAGGCACUUGGCGCUUCGCCGUGGGAUUCCCCGUAGGCAUGUAACCGCUGGUUCCUCAGGCAACAGCACGCAGCCUGCCUCCGCGCUCCAGUCUACAGAGGCCCGCUUGCUGGAGGAGGUGCUCGGCGAACUUCGCACGCUGAAUGGCCGGGUGUCAAAGCUGAACAAGUCGGUCCAGCGCCUUGAAACGCGCGUCGGCGAUCUGUAUGAGUUCACCUCCCUGCCUAUCAUCGGGGCUCACUUCACAACGGAUUUCGCCGAGUCCACUGAGAUACGCUGUGCCGCCAACCUGGUCGACCACAUACUCAGCCUGGCUCUGAACCUGGACCUGCCGGCUCUCAAGCAGCGGUCGGUGCUGAUCUCCAUCCUGGAGGACUACGUGCUCAAGGACCGUGCGGGCCUGCGCGCCGCCGUCAAGUCGCUGAUCGACGAGGCGUGUGACGAAGCGGGCGUGUGCAUGGUGGCACUGCCCAGCAGCUUCGCGAGCUGCUCCUGGGACGACAUCCGCUCCUGCCUGACGGAGCUGCAGCUGGGGUACAGCAGCAGCGGCAAGGACGAUGACCGCAUCAACAACCUGCUGCGGCUGGUGGACGCGCUGGAGACCGGCAUGCCGCCCAAGCCGCUGCCGGGGUUCAUUGAGAUGGCCACGGCCAUGGCCGGCGGCUUCUGCUCCUCCCGCAUCACUCUGGACUGCCGCGGGCGCAUUGACGUGCGGGACACAUACAUCGAGUUCCACAUCGGCGCCUUCAAGGCGCCCACGGACGGCCUGCCCGAGACGUGCAGGGCGCUCAAGCGGGCGGCGGCGCUGUUCGUGUGGGCCUACCGCGUCCUGGAGCCGCACAUCCACACACACACCGCCGGCAGCACCGAGCGCGACGUGGAGGCCAUUGGCUACGCCUUCAUGGUGGGCAAGGUGGCGCCCCAGGACGCGCUGCUCAAGCUGUACGACGACUUCACGGUGGACAUGGCGGGGCGCAGGAUGCCGGGAGAGAUCGCCUACAGGUACUUCUCGGUGCGCCCCACCGGGCUGCACGAGCACUACGCCAAGUCGUGAGUGGGUCGCGACAUCUGCGGCAGCUGCGUACUGGGUGGGUAAGAGAAGAGAGAGAAGGACAGAGACAGAGAGAGUGUCCGAGGUGAAAUGGGAAAGCAGUGCCGGCCGCCGCAAGUGGGUUGUGUGGGUGGGUGCUGGCAAGCAGACACACUAAGGGCGCGCUGUGUGGGCGCUUGGCAGCAGCAGAGGUGUGUGUUGGCAGGGUGACGCGAUUGCCUUUCAGCGGCCUGGGCAGGGUAGGGCAGGGCAGGGCAGGAGCAGCGGUGGAACCAGAGAGCGUGUGCGCGGCAUGCCUUGCGUACCUAACCAGGGGAGAUCCCCAUCGGGAGCUCCCCUGGGCUGAACAUCUUUUGGACCGGGCAGUCUCGAGCCCGGUAUCGAACUGCAUUUAUUUCGCCGCGGUUUAUGACGCAGCGAGUCUACAAUAAUGAGGCUGUUUCGUCCGAAGGAACAAUAAGAGUUGGUGACGCCUGUCUAGCAGUGGAUGGGGGUGGCAAUGGGCUGGCGAUGGGCUGUGUAUGGGUUGGGGCGUGGGAUGGGACAUGCGGAGGGGCGCACGGUAAUCUCACGGGUUCUGCUCCUGAUUACGUGUGCAUUCUUGCAGGGUCGACGAUUGUAGUCAGCAGUAUUGGUACGUGAAUUGAAUGCAGGCACUGAUAUUUGACGUAGGAGUUAAACAUGCGUUGACUGGGCUGAGCAAGGACCCAGCGUGUGAGCACCCUUGGGUGUGAGCUUCGCCCAGGAUUUCGAUGGACUUUUGGGAUUGCGGCUGCGGACGGAGAUUGAGUUUCAGCAGUAUGGCGGCAAAGAGAGGAAUAAAGGUGUGUCAUGGUAAUAAUCUUGUUAGAGUUAGUCUUCUGGGGAGUUGCAGUGGCAGGGCUGCGGGGGUAUGCCGAGCGCGCUGUCACUCGGAUAGCUGAGAGUCGGCACCACUACUGUAAUAAAUCAAGCAGCUAGC